GCCGGGGGGGCGGAGGCCGCCAUUACGCGGAGCGGCGCGGCGCGGAGCGGCUCUAGGCCUCGCCUCGCCCCCGGGCCCAGCGCCGCCGCCGUUAAGCCGGGCCCGGGCCUCGAGCGGCCCCAAGCGCCGCGGGGCCCCGCGCCGAGCGGCCCGGCCCGGCCACACGCAGCGCGGCCGCCAUGGAGGAGAAGGGGUUCGCCAAGGAGCUGGACCAGUGGAUCGAGCAGCUGAACGAGUGCCGGCAGCUGAGCGAGAGCCAGGUCCGCAGCCUCUGCGAGAAGGCUAAGGAAAUUCUUACAAAAGAGUCAAAUGUGCAAGAGGUGCGCUGCCCCGUCACUGUCUGUGGAGAUGUCCACGGCCAAUUCCACGACCUUAUGGAACUCUUUAGAAUUGGUGGGAAGUCGCCAGACACAAAUUACUUGUUCAUGGGAGAUUACGUGGACAGAGGCUACUACUCGGUGGAGACAGUGACUCUUCUAGUAGCGCUGAAGGUGCGUUACCCAGAACGCAUUACAAUACUGAGGGGCAACCAUGAAAGCAGACAGAUUACACAGGUGUAUGGCUUUUACGACGAAUGUCUGCGGAAGUACGGCAACGCCAAUGUCUGGAAGUAUUUCACAGAUCUCUUUGAUUAUCUUCCACUUACAGCUCUAGUAGAUGGCCAGAUUUUCUGUCUCCACGGUGGCCUAUCUCCAUCCAUAGAUACACUGGAUCAUAUCAGGGCUCUGGACCGCCUGCAGGAAGUUCCACACGAGGGUCCUAUGUGCGACCUGUUGUGGUCGGAUCCGGAUGACCGUGGUGGCUGGGGCAUAUCUCCACGUGGUGCUGGCUACACCUUUGGGCAAGACAUUUCUGAAACAUUUAACCACGCCAAUGGACUCACGCUGGUUUCUCGGGCUCACCAACUUGUCAUGGAGGGUUAUAAUUGGUGCCACGACCGAAAUGUGGUGACCAUUUUCAGUGCACCCAAUUACUGUUACCGUUGUGGGAACCAGGCUGCUAUCAUGGAACUAGACGACACUUUAAAGUAUUCUUUCCUCCAGUUUGACCCAGCACCUCGUCGUGGAGAGCCCCAUGUCACCCGUCGUACCCCAGACUACUUCCUAUAAACCUCUCCUAACCUUUGUAGAAGGAAGUCCACCUGGCAUUUUAAAGAGCAACAAUAUUUACACGUUUCUGUAAGAAAUCAGGGUUCGUCUCAACUUAAAAUCCCCAUCAUGGACCAAAAUGUGCCAUACAGAGGACGAAGAGCGUUGAGCACAACUUGAGACUGAAUUCCUUCCAACACUAUGUCUAUCCUAUACCCAUCGGUCCAACAGUUUGCCUGCUGUAUUUGUAGUCAUUGUUUUUUCUUCUGGACUGUUCAGAGAGGAAAAGGUAACUCCAAUAACACUUCCAUCUCCUUCAAUGCUUCUUUGUACAUUUUUAGUUCUAGUGCUUAACUAGCAUGAAUUGGGUUGUUUUUGAGGGAAAUGCACACACUAAGUCCUUCCCCUACCGCUCUUCGUUUUAUUGAGAGACCCAUCAACUUAACUGGAGAAAGGAAGUGAUUCCUGCUUGGGAGUACGUUGUCAUACCAGGGAUAAAAGCCUUCCCUUUUCAGCUCAGUGUCCCCCUCCAUGUUGAUCCUGCCUUCUUUGUUUGCAUUUUUUUUUGUUGGGUUUUUUUUUUUUUCGUUUUCUUUAGGUUUUUUUUCUCCUCUGUAUAUUUGUCCUGGAAGUGCUUGCAAUCCUUCUCGCUGUACCUGAACCAAUAAACUUGCCAUUGUCAGCCCCCA